AUGGCGGUACUCUCCCAUCGUCCUGGACAAUCAAAGCAGGGCCGCCAGCGAAAGGAGAGCCAAAGUUCGCCAAAACUUCUAUUCGUUGCAUUUGAUGGAACAUGGCAUGGCAGCGUCAAAAGCUCGAAAGAGACCGUGGUAUCCUGCCUACCUGAUCUCAUCUCCAAAUGCGAAGAUGUUCGAAAGAUUCGUGUCAACGGAGUCGGGACAGACGGAUUGACAGACAAGAUCCUUGGAGGUCUUGGUGGUUGGGGCACGCGAAGGAAUGUCAUAACUGCUUAUCGCGCAUGGGCCGCUCGAUAUCUGGCAAUGAUAAUCGACUGCCUUGGCCUAGUCCAGAACGGAGUACCGGAGUUCUUCAAGCGUUUGUACGACACCUGCAAGAAGGACCCGUAUCUUACCAAGGCCAACAAGGAUGAAGUACGAUGCAAUUACAGCUUCUGGGACGACAUUCAAAUCGAUGCAUUGUGCUGUUUCGAUACAGUUGGUUCGCUGGGUAUCCCACUGUUUGGUAUCGCAAAGCCACUAUCCUAUCUUCACAGAAGCAAGUAUAAAACCAAGGUCAUAGACCAUGUUCCAAAUAAUGUGAAAUACUCCUUCCAUGCUUUGGCGCUGCACGAAACCAGAAGUCCCUAUAGUCCAACUUACAUGUGCGGACACAACGUCCACCAGGUUUUCUUUUUAGGAGACCAUGGUAACAUGGGUAAGCUUGGACAACAGGAAGACCUUGUGCACGCUCCUCUUGCUUGGAUGGUCCAACAACUAUCUUCCCACCUGGGUGUUUCUUUUGAUGAAGAUAGACUCAAAAGACGCUUCCCAAGCUGCACUUCUGAAGGGCAAACCGAAAGGAUGUCUCGACAACUUACUCACGAUACCACGCAUGAGGCCAUGAUGAAGCAUGCCUGGUGCUGUCCAAGCGGAUCUAUCCCUGGAGCUGGAGUCGGCAGGCUAGUCAUCAUGGGUAGAAAGGACCGGAACCCAGGAAUUGACGCCGACUGCACCGAUUCCAGGACAGGCGAAUCAAGUCAGCAUGAAGCUGCUUCGGCUCAUGCCCAGGUACAUAUUGGCGCUCGUGGAAGACAAGAAUGCGGCUUUGACGAUGCAGUGCCAGGGUAUCUUGGUGUUCAGCCAAUGGAUCCGAACCAAGUGUUUUUCUGGAAGAGAAGAGCGACAGGUGAUCAGGAAGUUGUGGCUGCGGAUGUUAUUCAGGAGGCAAAGGUUGGAUAUUUGGAGGCGAGGCUCUUGGGACUUCCUGUGGCGGCAGCUAGUCACCCGGAAUGCUGUGGCCUGAACCGCAUCCGAGAAGAGGAUAUUGACACUGAAGUUUCAGUUGAGAAUGAGGAGCCAGCCAUUGUAAUAAGGCAGACCACCUACCCUGAAGCUGAACGCCUACGAUCUCAAUAUGAGCCAGAGGAAGCAAUGGUAAAGUCAUGUACACGGCUACUUCUGACAGAGAUCAAGGGCUCUGUCAGUGCGUAUAGUAUAAUGAUGACUUAUCAAUCUACGCCAACGGCUAACACCGCUAUUCGCGAAGAUUCCAUGUUUGAGCCGCAUGGUAUCGAGCCAGAGGAGAUAUACAAUAAAGAAGGCCAGAAGCAGAAAAAGUUCAAAUGCAAAUUCUGCAACAAGUCUUUCGUUUACCAAUAUUCACUAUCAGACCAUCAUAGGGACAAACAUGCUUCUGAGAAGAUAGAUGAAUCUAUUCAGAGCGUGACCACAAAUGGAUCCAGUCAACCCACGGAAGACAGCCCAAAGAGAAAGGAUGAGCAUCCCCUUGCAGCCAAAGUCCACAAGUGCAUGCGAUGCAACAAGGUCUUUGGUUCUAGGGCUGCACUUGCACAGCAUGAAGAAACUAAGCACCCCAUGCAAUCGACAGACCAUGCAGAGAUAAAUGGUGGAAAUAAGGGGGCUGCAGCUGAGGAGGAGAGCGUCGAGGAUCCCAUCAAAAAGCCAGGCAAGAAACCCACAGAGAGACUGGUGGCAGAUCUUCCUCCACCAACAUUCAAGUGCAGUGACUGCGAGGAGGCGUUUUACUUCGAUGCUGCGCUUCGAGAGCAUCAAGAUUUGUUCGCUCAUGGGCCUUUUUCAAUAAGGGAGAAGAAGCCGGAGACGGUUACAGGACCUCCUGCCCCCCGACUUAAGUGUGAGAGCUGCGACGAGGCCUUCCACUCUGGGGCUAUGCUUCUUGAGCAUGAGAAAAAGGUCAGACAUGGCCUUUGCACAGAACCAAAGAAGGAGCCAGUCGAGAAGCCGGUGGCAGGACCUCCUCCACCAAAAUUCAAGUGUCAAGUUUGCGGCGAGGCGUUUUACUUUGCUGUUAUGCUCACCGAGCACGAGAAAAAGCUCGGCCAUGUAUCGCCAGUAACAAGCAAGAAGCCCGUAGAGACAAGGGCUUCAGGACCUCCGCCGCCAACCAUUAAGUGCGAGGACUGCAACGAGGCCUUUUACUAUCAAGCUAUGCUUGUUGAGCAUCUCGAAAAGGCCGGUCAUGGCCUAUGGAAAGGAACAAAGAAAAAAGCCGGGGAACCGGUUCCACCACCCCAACAUAAGUGCGAGGAAUGCAACGAGGCUUUUUACUAUAUUGGUAAGCUUUAUGACCAUCAAGAAAGGCUUGGCCAUGGCAAACGAGCAGCGGAGAAGAGCAAGUCGGUUGAGAAGCCAACGGCAGAGGACAAGGCAGAAAGAGCCAGCGUUUCAGUGUACAAAUGCACCGACUGCGGCAGGCUAUAUCGCGAUUCGGACCGGUUUCUGGACCAUAUGGAUCAUAACCAUGGGCGCCAUCCCAAACCCCCCCAAAGAUGUCUUACGAAGGUGGCCCCGGAAGAGGCUGAUGCUCCCGUCAAGAAGGUUACGUCAGGAUUCAGAUGCAAGCCAUGCAACGAACCCUUCCGUAACCAGCAUCUGCUUGUAGUGCACUGGGAGAGAAGACACAAGGACGCUUGGUUCGCAUUAUUUGACCAGGACAACAUCUCGGAUGAGUCGCUCUCGUACUCGGACUUCCAGAACUUCGAGAAUUACGAUGAAGACGACAUGUUGGGUGAUCUCAGAGAGAUAGACUCGUGGUCUUCCGACAAGAACAAGAUACACUGCAUGACAUGCUGGAAGAAGUUCAGAACCUCUUCUCAGAUGGUGGAGCACGUGGAGAUGCGUGAAUGCCACUCUUAUAUUGGUCCUCGUUCGAUCAAAUGGGCUAUCAACACGAGCGAUCAGAGCGUGGUAUCGAGGUGCUAUUCUGAUGACCAGUUUCAGUGCCCUGGCUGCGAAGCCAGUUUUGACUCUUUGAGUAGCUUGCUUCGCCAUGCGGAGGGGAACAAGUGCAGUGCUGAUGUUAGCCAGGGCCCGUUGAAGGCUUUCAUGACAGAGACCGGACAUGCCUCCGAAGAUACAGACGGCGCCGAAUCAGAUGGUGGCAACAAAGCGUUAAAGUCAUCCAAAUGCCCAGUCUGCAAUCGGCCAUUCAGAUCUGAGUACUGGCUAUUUAGGCAUUGGCUGCAGAAGCACCGGGAGAGCAAGCAUGCCUCGGAAGUUCCGGUCGCUUCUGUUGAACCCGCCGAAGACGCAAAGCCAAGCCCCAAGGUACAGAACCCAGCUUUGGACAGCGAUGUCCCUAUCAAACAAGAGGAUCUGAAGCAGGAGGACCAAGAUCAAGACGAUGAGCCGACUGUUUUGAGUUGCCCUCAUUGCGACAGAAUCUUCAAUUUACAAUCUGGACUUGAUCAACAUAAGAAGGCAAAGCAUGAUCCGAAGCCAGAAACGGACAAGAUCAACUGCAAAUGGUGCAACAAAAGAACUUUCGUUGAUGACCAUGCACUCCAAGACCAUUACAGAGACGCCCACAAUCUAUGCACGCAUUGUGGGAAAGCUUUCCGUACUAAAGCUGCACUUGAACAACACAAACGCGCCACCAGACAUCCAGAGGAAACGACAGAGCCUGCAGAGAACCCAGUUAGAAAUUCAAAAAGUCAAAGGAAAAAGGCCGCUGAACCUUCUCCAAAACAGUACAAGUGCGACUUCUGCAAAUCGAGCUUUCACCAUUUCGAUCUGCUUGAACAGCAUGUUAGACGCCAUAACCUUUGGUCGGACGGUGGGCCCGUUACUGUAUACAAGUGCGACUUUUGCCCCAAGACGUUUUACUCUUAUGACGAGGUUGAACAUCAUAUGAUAACUACUUAUCGUUUCUCUUCGCCUAAUCCAUGGGACGAGAGCUAUGAGGAGACUGACGAGGAGGACUACGAGGACAACUACGAAGAUAGUGAUGAGGAGAGCGAUGAGCAGAGCGAUGGUGAUGACUACGAUGAAAGCGAUGAGGAUGACGACGUGGAGAACGAGGAGGAGAGCAAUGAAGAAAACACGGAUGAGAGUGACGAGGAGAAUGAUAAGGAGCCCGCCGAAAAGCCAGGCGAGAGCUGCACAGAGAAGCUGGAUGCAGAACUCCCUCCACCGCCAUUCAAAAUUGAGCAUGAGAAAAAGGUCGGACAUGGCCCUUUGACAGUGCCAAAAAAUGAGGUCGCGAAGUCUGAGAACGCUGAGGACAAGACUUCCAACAAAGAGAGUGAAAACGCCACCGAAUCUCAUCCAGCACUGCUUGAAUGUGAGGACUGCUUCGAUGAGUUUUACGACUUUGAAUCGCUUCACAGGCAUUCGGUCUGGUUAUGCCGCACUCCUUGGGCAAAAUGGGUAAGGGUGCUUACGGGCAGAGCGGCCCCAGAACCUUUUGCACACUUUUUCAAAUGCGAGUUUUGUGCUCAGGUGUUUUACACUUUCGCCAGCCUUGAUGCUCACCAAGAAUUUCUCAGCCAUGGCCCUUAUUGGGAUGGAAGUAAGAGGAAGAAGCCCCUCAAGAAGCGGUAUGAGGGGCAGACCAUGGAGAACUGGAAGGAACACGAUCCCCUUUUGGUGUAUAGAUGCAUCCAAUGUGCAGAGACAUUUGGUACAAUGGAGAAUUUCAUGAAUCAUGCGUGGUUCCGGCAUGGGAGUGUCCUCAGACACCCCAACGAUUUUCUCGAAAAGCUGCCUCCCCCCAACGUUCCGGAGAAGACCGUAAAGUCCGGAUACAGAUGCACACCCUGCGACGAGCCCUUCAGGUCUGAGGACCUACUUGAAAAGCAUUGGGAGAGCGAACAUACCGAGACGUGGCUGCAAUUAUUCGAUCGUGGUAACAAGAAAAGGCCCAAUUAUUGGAAUGGCAAGAUCUCUUGCAUAACCUGCUGGAAGAAGUUCAGAAAGCCAUCCCAGAUGAUGCUGCAUGUGGAAACGGGUAAAUGCCACGCUUACCUAGAUACCGAUGAGAUCAAAUCGGCUAUCAAGAAGAGUGAUCAGAGCGUGGUGUCGACAUUCUACACUUCCGAUGGCAAGUUUCAGUGUCCCAAUUGUGAUUACACCUCUCUGGCCCUGAGCGAUCUGCUUUUCCAUGCGCAGGGUAGCGAGUGCAGUUUAUCUAUCCGUCGACGCCCGAUGGUGGAUUUCAUGAGUGAGGUGAGGUGGCGUAUGAUAGAAGCGUCUUAA